GAGGCGGCCGCAGGCUGCAAGUUUUGUCUCCGCGGCGCCUGGAGGAGGCGGCCGGAGCCCGUGCCCUGCGUUGCGCUGUCCUGCCAUGGCCGCGGCCCCGGCGGGGCGGCAGCAGCAGCAGCGCGGACGCCGGGCGAGGGCGGCGGCCCAGUAGCCCCAGCAGCGGCGGCGCCAUGUGGGGCCGGUGCCUGGGCGACGGCGGCCUGCGCAGCUACACGGCCGGCUCAGAUUAUUCUUCAGCGGGAUGGUUGCCUGGUACUGAAUCCUUGUGGCAGGCCACUAAUAGUCCAUCAAGCAGUCAAAGUAACCAUAUCAGAAGACACAGUAUAGCUUCCGACAGUGGGGACACAGGCAUUGGUACCUCCUGUUCUGAUAGUGUGGAAGAUCAUUCAACUUCAAGUGGUACUUCCUCGUUUAAACCCAGCCGAUCAUUGGUCUCUGUUCCCACUGCCCAUGUGAUGCCGUCUAAUGCCAGCUCUUCACUUUCCAAACACAGGGAACCUUUCAAGUGUGAUGGUUCAAAAUGGAGUACAAGCCUAUUACGGUCAGGAGGAAGCAGAAAUCAGGGCACACUGGACAACUCUCUGGACAUGAAGGAUGCAAGGCCUGUAAGGAAAUGGUCAUCCUUGUCUAAACUCAGCACACCAGAUACCUGCAGUCAGGAUGAAAGUAUCCAUUCAGAGGACUCCAGGGCUAGUACAGACAGAUCAGGGAGAGACAAGACCAUGUCACCACAAUUAAGGACAAAUGGGCCAAGUUGUUUGCAUACUAGUAUGGAGUUGCUAAAAAUUGAGGAUAAAGAAACAGGGAAAAAACAAUUGUCUUCACUGGACUGCAAAUACAAAUUUGAAAGUUGCAGCAAAGAUGACUUCGUUUCAGACUCCUCUCAUCGGAGACAUGCCUUAGAUAUGACCUAUAGUGCCUUACCUGAAAGCAAACCCACCAUGGCCAGUUGUGCGGCUUUUGGACAAAAAUAUGCAACUUUGCAGUCUGUGAGUGGCGUUCCCAUUCAGCCCUCAGUGAGGACUCAGAUGUGGCUUAGAGAACAGUUGCAUGCAAAUCCUUUGGACUGUAGGACUGCAGAGGAGUCAUACAGUUUAGUAGCCGGGCAACUGCAGCAGCUUGAAGAACUUAGAACGGGAAGUGAACAGUUUAUGCAGGUUUUGACUGGCUCUUCUCGUCAAGGUUACCCAGCAACAGGGUAUCAGGAUUUACCCAAUUGGGAAUCUCCAAUGAAAAUCAAAGAAGGGUUGCUAAGACAGAAAGAAAUUGUGAUUGAUCGGCAGAAGCAACAAAUUAACAGCCUACAUCAGAAGAUAAGGGAGAAUGAAAUAAGAGCUCAGCGUGCCAGACUGAGCCAUUUUGUGAAUUGUGAAGAUUCUUUCAUGACUAAUUUACAGCAACCACAAUAUGAGAGCACAUCACUGCAACCUCAGUUUUCGGAAAGAUCAGUAUCCCACUGUGAGGCGUUUGAGCGAAAGCUUGCAGCAGUUGAGACUAAAGAAUUGCAACUCAAUGAGUAUGUUAAACAACUUUCAAACAAAUCUAGUGAGGAUAAAAAGAAGAUGGAAGAGAAACUUAAAACUAGAGACAGAUACAUAAAUAGCCUGAAAAAGAAAUGCCAGAAAGAGUCAGAACAAAACAAAGAGAAACAGAGGCGAAUUGAAACCUUAGAAAAAUAUCUAGCUGACCUGCCAACACUGGAUGACAUAGAAAGUCAGAGUAAGCAGCUGCAAAUUCUGGAAGAGAAGAACAAGCAGCUCCAAGAAACAGUGGCGGAUUUGGAGAAGAAGCUUGGAGAAGCUAGAGCACAAUGCAGGGAAAAAGAGCUGCAACUAGUGUAUCAGAAAAAAAAAGAAAAAGAAUUGGUUUCAACAGUACAGAGUUUGCAGCAAAAAGUAGAAAAAUGCCUGGAAGAUGGUAUUCGUCUCCCCAUGUUGGACACAAAACAGCUGCAGAGUGAAAACGAAUGCCUCCGAGAAGAGAAUGAGAAAACCAGUAAGGUUAUAGACAAUCAACAACAUCAGAUAGCUGGGCUGAUUUUAGAAAUUCAGUCCAGUAUCUUUCUACAAUUAAGAAAACAGACUGGAGUAAAGGAAAGCCUUCUAUAUCUGACUCUGGGGCCAGUGAAUCAGGCACCUUGUCCUACUGCUGUUAGCUGCAGUUGAACAAUGGAUUCUGUGCUCUGACAUGACCAGAAUUCUGUUCCAUCUCUACUUAUAAGGGGAGUUAAACAGGGGAAAAUUUUCUUACCAGUGUAUGAAAGAGAGCAGUCUGGUUUAUUAUCUCCAGGGAUCCUGGUUUUCUCUGAUAAAAAAAAUUGCAAAUUCUCUGAUUAAAACCCCCAAAUCCACAAUUAAAAUGAAAUGCCUGUGCGUGUGUGUGUGCGUGUGUGUGUAGGUAUCAAUUAGACACAAUGUUUUAUUGCUACAUUUACAAUUUUAAACAAUUUGGAAGCUUACCAAUGCCUCAAUCACUGUGGUCAAAUAAAUGUGAAGUACCUAUAAAUUUUGCUAUUUGAUUUUAGGCUUUUUAUUAUGGAAAAUCAAAGCUCCCCCCUGCCCCCUUAGCUCACGGAACUCAGGUUCAGGCCCCUCACUCCCAAGCCAAGGCUCCCUAGCCCUGCUGAUGCCCCUCACUCCUCCCACACAACCCUCUGGCCCUGUUGGUGCCCCUUGCCUCCCUCCCACAGCCCCCUGCCACAGACAGCCUCCAGCUGCCAGGGCUACGGAGCCACUGACCUGGGUCUGCAGCCCCCUGCCCCCUGCAGCAGCACCCGAGCCUCAGCAUAGUUGAGCCCAGCUUCCCCCACCCUGUGAAGCAUAGUUAAAGUGGAGCCCAUGUGGAAGGCAGGUGCAGGCUUGGGCAGUGGGGACUGGCUCCCUGCCUCUGUACACACUCCUGGGGAAGGACAGGGGGGCCCUGUGCCCUCCAGAUCUGUGCCCAGGGUGGGGGCAUGUGCAGGGGUAGGCUGCCUGCUUCAGUUUUAGGCUCCCUGCCCUGCUGCCCUCUCCUGGGGCCUCAGCAGUCCAGCACAGCAGGGCAGAGCGGGAAGGACAGAAGGGCUGGGGGGGAAGCUCCAAACUGCUGCAAGCCCCGCACUGCCCUGGUGAUGCAUCCCCUGCCUACCCUGCAGCAGCAAGGGGCAGAAGCCUGCACCACUGCCCCUGCUGGGAGGGCAGUGGGGCAGGGAGUCCAAGACCACAGUGGGCAGGCCACAUCUGCACCAAGCACAGAUCUGGGAGGGGGCAUGUGACCCUCUGCCCUGCCCCCCCCCCCGGCCAGGAGUCCAAGCAGUGGCAGGGAGCCAGCCCCCGACCACCGGACGAGCUGCCCAUGGCUCUGUCCUGCUCCCUGCCAGGGCCCUGCAGCCAUGCGUUCCUGCCCCAGGCCUCAAGUACUGCCUGGCUGGGCAGCAGCCUCAGCCCCACCACCAGGCUUACCGCAGGAGCUGCUCUCUAGGCUACCUGUCAGCCAUCAUUGCAUCCCCUGCCUGACCACCCUUUUCCUGCUCCCCAGAGCCCCUUGCAGGCUGGAACUCUGCCAACUUGCAGAGAGCCCUUUGCAGAACUGCAAAAUCUGCACGUUUCCCCAUUAAAAUGAAGAAUCCACGUUUUUUUUCAGAUAAAAGGGGAAAUUCAUGUUUUUUUCUGUUUUUCCAUGGGAAAUGGAAAACCUGGAUCCCUUAUCUUUUCUCAUGUGAUUGGAGCCAGGGUUAGUUUGGGUUAUCGGACUGUUUCUGAGGAUUCCUUUCUGAAACGUCUGACUCUCCAUGCACUUUAUAGGGAGCCUGUGUAUCUAAUUUGGAGCUGAGGAUUUCUCCAGAUAGCAGAGCUAGAAUACAUGGGCUUUGAACAGCACCUGUGGCACCUCUUCUCUGGCUUUUUUCCCUCUAAGCAGAGGCAAGAGCCACGCUAGUAAAUCCAUCCUAUUCUUUGCCUGGUUUCUCACUAAGUAGGAAAGGAGUCACGAAGCUAGGCUGUUUGGCCUGUGCAGUUUAUGUUCUUGCACAAGCUCACAACAUCUGUCUCUUCUCUUCUGCCUUCUUCAUUGGGAGCACACUGGUUCUUUUGUGACUGGGCUUUCUCUGCCUGUAGGACAAGCAGGACUACCUCAUACUGAACGUGCCCUUUUGAUGCCCCUCUCUCCCAUACAUGCAAGUAUAGGAAGCCUGGUAUUUGGUAAACAACCAUGUCCUUACAUAUUUAAACUACAGUAUAUUAAAUGCAGCAGUUGGAAAGCUCAUGAAGAAAUUCAUUUACAGCACUACACGUUGGUGUACUGGAAAGCAAAACCAAUAAUUUAAGCUUCUGGGAUUCCUCGGAAAGUACCAUUUAUCAAGUUCGGGAAUGCUUUAGUGUGCAAUUGUUCUUGGGACCUUUCAUGAAUUUUAAAACUUUAACAAGAUUGAAGUCCACAGACUUUUCCAGGUCUCCUCUCCCCUUUCUAUAGCUUAUGAUCUUCCCAGCAGAACUAUACAACUCACAUAUUUUCCCCACGCAGUCAAGAUUGUGACAUUCUCUACAAAUAUUUCUUUUCAAAUAUUAUGAUGUUAUUUUUUUUCCUGGCCUUCCUUGUGUUCCUCAUAUUUUUUGCCUGUUUAAUUGAAAUUUGAUUUCUGAAGCAUGGCACAGUAUUUGUGUAGAUUUGUAGAGCAGGUUUCACUGUGCAGUUAGGGUCUGAUAUGCCUCAUUUGUAUCAAAUAGUGAGCCAGGCUGUGAAAUUCCUGUGUUAGAACUACACCACCCUUUGAACAGCAUAGUGCUUUGUUCCCUGAGGUUGUUCUCCCUUCCCCCUGGCCCUCCAUUCCCUCUGUAUCCUUGAACAUGUCUGGGGGUAAGGUGUUUGUGUGCAUUCCUAGCUCUCAAACCAGCUGUAGAUCCUAAAAUAGUCCAUGUUUGUUCCACCCCCAGCCUCAAGAGUUGUUUCAUUUUGAUUCUUCUGCCUGUCUUUGAGUAAGAAUUAGGGCUACACCCUUCUUAUGGUAGGUUGGAGAACCAGGUUAUAGGAAAUCAGUAGUGAACUGUUAUGAACAUCACCAGAAGAGGAACAGGAUUCCUUACCAGAACAUAGAACAGUGGCUUUCUACCAUAUCAAAAUCAAGACACCCCUCAUUAGAUUCAAGGCAGGCAUGGUUUUUUGGUUAGGUGUGAUAUCUUUUAUUAGACCAACUGAGUAGUUAGAAAAACGUUUUUUGCAAGUUUUUGGGCACAAUCACCCUUCUUCAGGGAUAGGGGUUCUCUGCGGUUCUGAGAUUCCAAGGAAUGAAAGAAGCUAAUUGGGUGACAGUAUGUCAGUAAAAAUGUAAAUAGGUGGAAAUUAGGAAAACAAAAGGUAGGGAAGGGAGAGGGAAAAUGAAGGGGGGAAAAAAGCCAAAGGUAGACAAGGGUGACUCUAUUGUAGUAAUUUUCCAAGGUAGAAAAGAGGCUGUCUGUGAAAAAGUAAAUAGCUGUAAAUUAGGAAGACAAAGGGUAGAAAAGGUGGGGAGGGGAGGAAGGGGGGAAAGAAAAGUGUAAAAGAUCAGGUGUGGCAGGUAUGUGGUGAAUCAGAUGUUAGGGGGGUUGUGAUGUGUCAUAACUCCAGUGUCUGUCUGUCUGUCUGUCUGUCUGUAUAUAUAUAAUAUGAAUCCAUUGUUUUUUGUAUCCAGUACAUUUAUGAAGGGAAGUUCAUAGGCUCGUCUACGAAAGGUGUUUUGUAAGUUCCUUUUGAGGAUUAGAGCUGAGAGAUGGGAGAGGGAGUGACUGUUUGUGAGAAUUGUGCCCCCACAAGUAGUUGGUUCUUGUCUUUGAUAGAUUUUCAGUGUGAGUUCAUUUUCAUGCACUGGAUUCAUUAGGUACAAGUUAGCCUUCUACACCUUUAGUAAAUUGAGCGGCAUGCUGUUUCAAAAACGAAUUUAUAUAUUACAAUGCUUACCACUUACCUUAUAUAUUACAGUGCUUACAGUCCCCUGUUUGCAAAGGUACUAAGCAGUGAGGUAGGGAGCAACCAGUCAGGGAGAGCCUGAGGCUGCCCUUAUUUGUUUUAUUUCCUCACAUUUUCUGCGGCACCCUUCAAAAGAUAUCACGGCAUCCUGACUGAGAAUCACUGGCUUAGAAGAACAAGCUGGUUAAAAAAAAAUAUGUGAAACUACACCAGACAUCUUAUUUCCUUAUUAUCUUCAUUCCCACUUUUAAAAGCAUGCUUUAUAAUUUCUUUCUUUCAGUUCUGUAUUCCAAAGAACAUCAAAACCCCUUUUGCAAUGCUGCCAUCUCCCACUGCCAAAAUAUUUCUUUUUUGGUGUUUGUCUCUGAAGAUUAUUAGUUGAAAUAAAAACAAAUCCUACUUCAAACAGCAUUAUAUUGGACAGGGUUAAUUUCUUAUUUACUUGUAAUCCCAAGAUAACAAUUUUGAUCUCUGUGUGAUAUGAUUUAUUUUGUUUGUCUGUCUUUUAACAGGGAGAGAUUAAUGGUUGGUUUUUGAAGAUAUAUCAUACUGUGUAUAGUGCAUCUUCAGAAAUUGAAAAACAGUGGUGGAAGUUUAAAAAUCCCUGUUCCAAUUAUUAAUUUAGACUCUUACAAAAUUAAUAUCUUGUACAUGCAAAACAAUAAAAAACUAAAAGUCAGAUUAUACAAUGCAUGUGUUAUCUGAGAGACACCUGUCAUUCCUGUCACUGGAGCUAUUUUUAUUUUGUUCAUCGUGACUGACAGGGUUAACCACUAAAUUUCACUUUGUGUAUUUGCUGCGUGAAAUUGAAUUGCACUGCUGGAGGAGAAAGAAACCUCUGUUGAGGGUAAAAAACCUGUGGGCUUGUUUACAAGUGUGCAGGUAGACAGGGAGCUUAUAUUCAGGGGAGGAUUAGAGACAGUCAAUUAAUAUUUGGAAAUUUAAUGCAGAUUUUCAAUUCUAGUGAUGCCUAAUAAAUGCCAAUGACUCAUGAAUCAAAAAGGCUGAUACAAUUCAGAGCAACACAGAAAUUAUUUCCAGAGAGUUCAUUAUACGAAUAUGGAGCUAGUGAUGAAUAUAGUUUCGGAAAUCAAAUGAUAAAAUUUACUAGCAGUUAGUUAUACACUGUUCUGUUUUUAUAGUGUUGCCCAGUGGCAUCUUUAACAUACAGAGCUGGCUUGCCAAUAAAGCAAUGAAUUCAAACAUACAGUCAUUGGGCACAUCUACACAUGCGGUUUAAUACUCAUUAACCUAUUUUAAUGCACAUUAAAGCAUCACUAAAAACCUGUGCUAGAAAUAGGCCAAUGAGCCUUAAACAUCACUUCAAAAUCCUGCUCUUUAGUUAAUUAAGCACGUUAAGACAGAAUAAUGCCCAUUUUCCUACUACCUCACAAUUGAGGUACUAGAUUUAAUGUGCAUUAACUAAAGCGUGUUAAUGCACAUGUAGACAUGCCCAUUGUAACUGGUCAGUGCAACCUUCGAUUAGCUUGUAGUGUGACUGGUCCACCAGGAAGAGUAAAUUCUCAUCUUUGUCUUUUAGAAAUCAGACUUAAGACAGAGUAUGAAAGACAAUGCUACUAUAUUAGGAUUUGCAGGGAAUAUGAUACUACAUCCAUCCAGGUUUAUCUUAAACCAGUUUCACCCAUUUUGAAAGCGGUUUAUGUACACUGACCUUCUUUUGUGUUAUAGAUUUGAACUGGUUUUUGGUCAUUUAUACUGGUUUAUGUGUAAUUUCUGUCCCUAACCCUAAAGGUGAUAAGUUCCCUUGAGAUGAUGUUAUGUUGCCUGCACAGACUUAAGAAGAUGUCAGUGUGUAGUCUGGCGGCUUUUAGGUUGUAUAUUUUCCAUCAAGCAGCCCAUUUUGAUAUCUUCCAUGUUACAGUAGUGUAAGAGUGAUGUAGUUAUGGUGGUCCAGAAAUUAUGCAAAAGAAGAAUGCCUUCCAUUCGAAAGCCUGUCUAAACUUAUCCCAACUACAUCAACGGUCCAGUAAAAGUUAUCACCCUAAGAAAUCCUUGCCUUUUGUACAAUUUGUGGACCAUCAUGGCUUACAACAUGACUCUAACACUACCUGCUUGAAAAAUCUCUCUUACAUUCUAGAGGAUGGUUCUAUAGGAUCAACAUAGAUCAAUAUUCUUCUAAAGCAGUGUUGCUCCAUAAAUUGGCUUGUGAAUGAUGUAGUGAUCUAUAAAACUACCUUGGUUGGUUGAUUGUUUUUCAACAUGAUUUUCAGUUCCAUUGGUCUAGAAAGCUAGAAUCCAGUUGUCCCCAGCCCCUUUUCUUCUGUGCCAAAGCAUGUGACAUUGCUACAAACUCCUGCUGCAUCUUGAACAAAAUAGCAUUGGAUUUGCAUCACAUAUUGAAAUUGGGCAACAGGUUUUACAUAUCAGUGUGCUGAUCAAAGGAUAUAGAAGAAUUUUUGUGUGCACUGUGAUAUCAUGCUACUGGAUUUGAGAGUAAUAGCAUUUCCAACAUGAAGAAAAUUUCCUCUUUUUGAAGCUUUACAAGAGUCUGUAGUUUAAAAUGGUAGGACUUUCUAUAAUCAGUAGCUCAGCUUUAUUAAUAUUCAGAGUGAGAUGGUUUAAUAUUCCUCUUUUUGGAUUUCAGCCGAAUAACACUGCAGAGCAUGUAAACAUAGAUAUAAAAGUCAUCAAGUGCUGAAAUAAAUCUGGAUUUAAUUGACAGUAAAGUUAGCCAAGGUCAUGGUGAUUUAAAGUAAAUAUCCAAGUGGAAAUUUGUGAAGUAGUGAGUCUGGAACCUGGAAGUCACCUCUACCUGAAAACAAAAAACCUGUUAUAACAUGGAAACAUGAAGCAUGGACUGAAUCCCCAGUUUUACCACUUAGCAAUUAUUUACUGCUUUUGAAGACUUGGUGCAGCAUGUAAAUUAAUAAAUUCCACAUUCCUGUGAGGCAUUGGGACUACAGCCGAAUGAUUUUUUUUCUGCUGCCAGAGUUAUACCAGCUUUGACAAAUGACAAUUUCUGCCAGUGUAGCUGUAUCUAAACAAGGGGUUUUGCUAGCAAAAUUAUGCCAGCUAUGGAAACAUGACCUUUUUCACACCUUUAGCCAAUACAGCUAUGCCUUGUGAGCAGAACUUUGUAAUGUAGGCAAAGCCUUACACAGAGAUGAGGGACUGUUUUAAAUCCUAUUGACUUAAGUCUACAGAACUUGACAGAAAUGUGUGUUAAUCAUCACACGGGUGUACAAUUUUAUACAUUAGACAAACAAAGCUAGACAAAUAAAUAUUAAGGAGCAGCAGGAAUUUCUCAAGAAAUUGCUGUCAGGUAAGCUUUCAAUAUGUCAAAAGUCUUUACCCGAUCAAGAGUGAAAUUUGUCCUCUGACUGCUUUGUACAACCUGCAAAAUAAGCCUGUUAAAUACCUUAUUUAUGCAGUCAGCUGUCAAAAGGACUUUGUGGGGGAAGGGCGUGGGGUUCUAACAGAACCAAGAGCAGCUUUCUCAGUGUCCCAAGGGUUUGAUAGCUUAUUGAUUUCUUUGGUCAAUAUGGGACUCAAAUCUGAGAAGCUCCAUUUUUUCUUUAGUAACACUAGAUUCAUAGAAAUGUGUAUCACUGGCUUAUAACUGGGAACUGAAGUAAUAAUUUUGAUCCAACUAAAAUAACACAAAAGUAGUUUUCUUAUACUGAGGCAUGUGCAUGUGCGUGUACAUGCAUGUAUGCACACACCCACAUAUGCUUUACUCUUGGUUGUUGUUUAAUUAAGAUUCUUUCAAAAUAACUACUUUUACAUUGAUUCAUUUAGGUUUUUAAGCCAUUUUAAAUAAGUGUCCACUGCACUGUUUCAGGAAUUAUCAAAAACCUGUAAUCUGAACUGAACAUCAAAAUCACCAGAUUUAAUUCUGCUUUCUUGAGAGCUAGGAGGUAGAGGGAGAUGUCUCAUUCUCAACAGAGGCGAAAAGAGCAAAUGUUGUUAGUCAUAAAGCUACUGCUCGUUUAAGAUGCCCCUAAUGUAAAAUAAAGUUGUUUGGAAAAAAAUAUUGUACAGUAAUUUUAGAUUUCAUGGUCCAGAUCUUACUUGCUCUCUUGCAUAUCUGAGUGAAAUCCUAUUUAACCUUUCUCAGGUCCCAGAAAGAAAAUAUGAAUCAGCUUUUGUCACUCUUGAACUUAAGACUGAGUUACAAAAUGACAUCAAUGUAUUUAGUAGAAAUGCUGUAGAAGCCGGCACUGACUCAUUUAAAUGACUCUAGGGAAGUGGUGAAAUAAAUAGACAAGGGGAAAAGAAUCAAUCCAAAAGUAGCAAAUCAACAACAAUUAUUAUGUUGUGGUACAUGAAUUAAGGCCAUUAUUCUUGUUUUCA